UGAUUCUGCAAAGUCAUCUCCCCUUCAGUCUCAAAUCCAAUCGAGCGCUCUCCUAAUCGGUUCCCCCAAAUCGACCCCCAUCUCGAGCUCCAUCCAUGGCGAUCCUCACCAUGCAGCCGAUCGGUCCCAGUCCCACCCCGACUGCCCACGAAGACCUGAGGAGGGCGAAGGUCCCUGCUGAGGAUGGUGAUGAUUUUAGUGACCUUGACUCAGGCUGGGUUGUUCUCGAGAACUCUGACAUCGUUCCGGCGGAUCUCGCUGCUGCCUGUGGCGGUCAGGUUCUACGCUCUUCUCCGACGCUUCCCUCCUGGGCGCGGUGGGUUCUUGGAGGCGUUGUGUGCACGGUCGUGCCAAUCUACAAGAGAGUCAGAUAUCUUGAAGAGGAGACAGUAGGGAUCGUGGAGAACGGUGCAGAGGUUGUGGAGCAUAUAGCUGAGGUUACAGAGAAGCUAUCUACAAAUGUCGCUGAUAAACUUCCUGAAGAUGGGUCGCUGCAGAAAGCAGUGGAGAAGGUUGAGGAUAUUGCUGAGAUAGUCGAUAAUGAUGCAGAGAAGGUUGAAGCCAUCGCUGAGAAGAUUGGCAAGGUCUGUGAUAAGAUCGACGCUGCUGUAGAGCCUGUCAUCGAUGAGCUUGAAAAGGAACUUGAUGGAACCCCACCAUCGGACAAUGCAGUUAAUUCACAUAAUUGAUCACUGGCCCUAUGAGUGUUCUUCAAUCCUCAUUGUAUAUAUCACAUAUAUACUGUAGUUUCUAGUUUUUUCCUUUUCUCUUUUGAGUGAUUACCUGUACAUAUGUGUGGUGUUCUGUAUGGGUUACACCAUGAUCGCAAUAAGGCGUGGUGGUGGUGUGCUGGGUGCUCGAAGUUGAAGUAUCCAUCCAUAUGGUAUGUUGACCACUGAAAUGUGGAUACCAUUGAAAUGUGCAACUUCUUGGAUAAUUAUCCGAAAUAGAAUCAUCUGUAAUUCUGUAUACUGUCAAAUCAUUACAUAAAUAAAUACAUUCCAGUUGUGAA